CCUAUAUCUUUCUCACUCUCCAAAAUGAGUCUCUUCAAAAACUUGUCCAUUUCCUUCUUCUUUUUUGUUACUGUUUUCAUUGCCUUCGCUCAUGCAGCCCGAUUCGAUAUAACCAACAAUUGUCCCUAUGUAGUUUGGGUUGCAGCCGUGCCUGGUGAUGGCAGGCAGCUCAACCCACAAGAGUCUUGGCCUCUUGAUGUCAACGCUGGCACAACCGAGGGCCGUGUUUGGGCCCGAACUAGGUGCAAUUUUGAUGGGUCCGGGCGCGGGAGUUGUCAGACCGGUGACUGUGGUGGACUUCUUCAAUGCCAAGGCUAUGGUGCACCCCCAAACACUCUUGCUGAAUUCGCUUUAAACCAAUUCCAAAACCUGGAUUUCAUUGACAUGUCUCUUGUUGAUGGGUUUAAUGUUCCUAUGGAUAUUAGCCCAACCUCUAAUGGGUGUACCAGAGAAAUAAGAUGUACAGCUGAUAUCAAUGGACAGUGCCCGGCUGAAUUGAAAACUCCUACCGGGUAUUGUAACCACCCUUGUACUGUUUUCAAAACUGAUGAAUAUUGUUGCAAUUCUGGGAAUUGUGGACCUACAACUUUUUCCAAAUUUUUCAAGAAUCUGUGCCCAGAUGCUUACAGUUAUCCUAAGGAUGAUGCAUCGAGCACAUUUACUUGCAAUGGUGGGACUAACUAUAAGGUUGUGUUCUGCCCCUGAAGCAGCUCUUUCCUCUGGUACAAGUAAAACAGGCACAACACUAGUAGCUAAUAUGUAAUAAAAGCUUGAGGGCUUAUGAGCACAUGCAGUAUUGUGCACACCGUAUAGGUUGCUAUAAGGUGGUUAAUAACUACC